AAGCCCGAGUUCAGUAUCCGGUUGACAGCCGGUGAGGCGGCGGCGUCAUGUUUCUGUAGCUUACGCUACGCGCGCCGCCUCUGCGCGAUUUUCUAUCAAUUGUAAAUAUAUUUUGUACACAAAUAUCUUACGUGCAGUAAAGCCUUAACAACCAUUGUGCAAGUGACUGUAAUCCGUAUAUUAUGAACGUUUUAAUUAACCUCGUACAUACAUAUACCGUAAAUAAUUAAGUACAUCGAAUUGUUGCAAUACCUUUGAUACAAUUUUGAUUGAGCACUAAAUGACUAUACAAUAUAACGUCGGUUUUAUUAGACAAAUAUUGUAGUGUAGUAAAUUUUGUUAUAUUAUUAUGUUUACGGUUAGUAAAUUUUUUGUGUUAACGGCAUGUAAAGUUAAAGUGUUACGACUGACUAGUUUUGAAUGAAUUAUAAAUAGUAUCACGUACCUAUAACUAGGAAAUAAAGUUGGUGAGGUGAAAUUGAUCGUCAAGUUUAAUGAUAUCCAAAUCAACAAUGGCGGAUCGUGAUCGUCCUGCGAAAACCCCCAUCAGGGUGGGCUUUUAUGACAUUGAAAGGACCAUAGGCAAAGGGAAUUUUGCCGUCGUAAAAUUAGCGCGACAUCGAAUAACGAAGACUGAGGUAGCAAUUAAGAUAAUAGAUAAAUCACAAUUAGACGCCAGCAAUCUUCAAAAAGUCUACAGAGAAGUGGAUAUCAUGAAGAGGCUGGAUCAUCCUCAUAUUAUUAAGCUUUAUCAGGUCAUGGAGACGAAAAACAUGAUUUACAUUGUAUCAGAAUACGCUAGUAAAGGAGAGAUUUUUGAUUAUAUCGCUAGGUACGGCCGGAUGGCAGAGCAGGCGGCUCGGCGAAAGUUCUGGCAAAUCCUAUCCGCUGUUGAAUAUUGCCAUGAAAGGCGGAUUGUACACAGAGAUCUUAAGGCGGAGAACUUGUUACUGGACGCGAAUAUGAAUAUCAAGAUCGCGGAUUUCGGCUUCAGCAACUACUACGCGACCGGGGAGUUGCUCGCGACAUGGUGUGGGUCGCCACCCUACGCCGCUCCCGAGGUCUUCGAAGGGAAGCGGUACACCGGCCCUGAAAUUGACAUAUGGAGCCUGGGGGUUGUCUUGUACGUGCUAGUUUGCGGUGCCUUACCUUUCGACGGCUCCACCCUGCAGUCGCUGAGGGACAGAGUACUGUCGGGCAGGUUUCGGAUACCCUAUUUUAUGAGUGAAGACUGCGAGUCUCUAAUCCGCAAGAUGCUAGUCCUUGAACCAAUGAAGCGGUACACUAUCGACCAAAUCAAGAAGCAUCGGUGGAUGUCCGUGGAGCCCUACACAGUGCCGGCAAUUCCCGCCGACCCUAUGAGGAGUCCUGCCCAUGUCACACAUCACACCCAGGAGCCUAAUGAGCAGGUGCUUCGGUUAAUGCAGAGCUUGGGAAUCGAUCCAGUCAAGACCAAAGAAAGUCUUCGCUCGAACAGUUACGACCAUCACGCGGCGAUCUACCUCCUGCUGCUGGAGCGGCUAAGGGCCCGCGCGGCUGGGAGCGAUUGCCGUAGGCCCACCCGCCGGCCCUCGUCUGUCGCAGACCAGGCGCUGGCGAGAGAGGUGCACGAUGCUAGGCGAGAACAACAUCACAAUAGAUUAUUGCAGACGGGCGACCAAUCGAGAGAUUACAACAGAGCGACAGCGAUAUCAGCUGCUCCGGCCGAUUCCUCAUCAGCGGAGACGCAGCGCUUGCUGUCACUUGCGGGUGUGAACAUGACCGAACAAAGGCUUCUCCAGCGAAGUUCUGACCCUUCGGACACGCACCGGAGUUUUCUAGUCGCGAACCUUGACGCAACCAGAAACCAUGAAAUGGAGUCAACGAGGCUACUUUCCAUGCGGAAUAUCGACGUCUCUCAGUCCAAUCAAAGGCUAGGUAGCAAACUGAGUGAAAACACAGUUCCGACUCACAGACUGCUCACUUCUACGUAUGAACAACAACAGAACAUCUUAAAACAAUCCAGUGAAGACUGCCGACGAUUAUUACAACAAUCCACAACGGUAGGGCCAGAAAUUAAUAAACCCAAUACUGACGGCACGAGAUUGUUAACCUCAUCUAGUUUUGAUUCAAAAUGUGCUAUCGAUGGAGGCAGGGCAGGAUCUGCGGCGGACCAUGUUGCGAUAGCAAACUUUUUACAAAACUCUGCUUCGGCAACUAACUUUAAUGUUGAGACAAUUAAGCUACCGAGUUCUACAACAUUUACAAUGUGUUCUGAAGCAGCCAAACUCAUGAAUACGUUGCAACAAUCGCCGCUACCUUUGAAAGGUGCGGUGAAUCUUAGCACUAGCCCAAUACCUUCUCAAUUUACAGAUACAAAACUGAGUAGUGUUUUAGAACAACCCAAGCCGCUCGAAUCUACUAGAUUAGUCUCGCAGGCUCAGCAACAAGAUCUUAGUCGAUUGCAAACAGGCACGCCUCCUUUCAAAGAUUAUAUCAAUCACCUUCCAAGUUAUUCGUAUCUACAAAAUACUGCCCUGCCGCCCGCUACUUCCGAAGCCAAUUAUUCCACAACGGCGACCUCUAAUGAUUUAUUUCCGAAUACGCUUUACAGACCCGAUAGUAAAUUUUCAUUAAAUAGGUAUACUACUAGUCAAACGUACGCUCCAGUGCUUCCUAAUAAUACGAAUGAACCGACCAAAUUUCAACAACAGUAUUCGUCAUCGACAGACGAAGGUUGUGAAACCGAUAUGGAGGACGUUGUAAACAUGCCUAGCGGAGUACAAAACAGGUUAAGUUCGUACGCUAGUUCCAGUUCAAGUAGUGGAGUAGUCACUUUUUUUAACAACAAAAGCCUCAGUCAGAACCUUAGUUGCGAUUCAUCACAGAGCAAUUUUUCGACCUUCGAAAGUAUUGAUUACCAGUUGUCAGAUUGCUCGAGCGAACUGGCUAGCAGUCUACCAAGUUGUACGACCAAUGAAGAUAAGUUAGCUUAUGAAACAACUUCUCUUGUUAACACCAGUCCGAUGCAUCCUUGUGUUUAUAUCUCCUCGUAUAAUAAUAAAACGACUGGCACUGGAUUUAUCGCACGACACAAUCCUAUUAAUUACCAGUCUGCCAAUAAAAACUGCCAGCGUUCGAUAACUCGUAGUCCAGUGGACUUUAGAGAAGGACGCCGUGCUAGCGACGGUCUCGUCGCACAACAAGCAGCACAAACAAGCGACACUCAGAAAAAUACUCUAGCUUUUAAUAGUCAAAGAUUAAACGAAAACUGUAAAGCGAAGGGAGUCUUAGAACUUCACCUUGUCCAAAAAGAAGCGCAACAGUUAAAAACCCAAUACCAGGCUUCACUACCAGCGGAAGAAAUGACGCAGAGACAAAUACAGCACAAUCAAUUUGCAGCUACAUUUACUCCACACUUUCUAGAUACAAAAAAUCCUACACCUAAGCGAAUAAGUCUACCGGAAAAUUUCAAUUACUCAAGCACUUCUCCUCCGAUGCCGGCGAGUCCCAAGAUGGUCGCUGCGCUACAGGAUACUUCUGAUCUAGCGCACGGAGCAUCUCUAUCCCAAGUUAGCAAACCUCCCUUGCAGCAACAGCUGAUGCAACACAGACUGUUUCAGCAAAAACGACAACUGCUUCAGAAACAAAUGACUCCGCCAAACAUACCCGCGCAUGAUAUGGGAGCUCUGCAUAGUCUUCAAGUGAGCCUAAGCAGGCGACAGAUGCUUAGACAGCAGAGUUAUAAAAUAGCACAACAACAACAAAUUCUGCCGCCAUUACCUCUAACGGAGUCUGAGAAUAGAGAUUUACUAGCUUUCCAGGCGAUAGUCGAAGAUCCGAAUCGGUUGAAAGGCAAAAACGAUGAGAGUCAAGAGGAUGCGAAAUUUGCGUAUCAAGGUUCAAUGGACAUUAGUAUACACAAGGAUAGGUUAGGGAACGAGAAUUGGUCCAACUUGCCGUCCAGCCUGCAAAGCGCCUGCCAAAUCUCCGAGUUGAAUCGGCGGGAAGGGAGGGAGGUGCGGGAGGGUGAGGCAGAGGGCGCGCACGCGGUGGAGGCACCAUUGUGGCCAGGCCAGUGGAACACCUCGCUUUUCCAGCCACAGGCCUGCUUCCAGGUAUUCCAACAGAUCAACUAGUAGAUCUCCACGUAGGAGUAGUCGUAGAUAUGGUAGUGGCAAUUGUUGCACGCGAUAUGUAGCCCGCUCCACGACACGUAGACUUUAUUCCUUAGCCUUAUACGAUGUGAGAAUAACUUCAGAUGCAGCAGACUUUUCACAAAAACUUAAACGAAGAUCGGCCGUAAUUGCAAAGUGCACUUUUAGACACAUCUUAUCCCGGUUUUAGAUUCAAGGUCACACCUUUAUAUAAGGCUUAACCAAGUACAUUGUUGCGUGGAACGGACUAAAGAGGUUGAGUGACAUUAUUUAUCGAAGUUUGAGCCGCUAUUAAAUGGAACAUUGGUCUCAUUGUACUCGUAUUCCUUAAUUGUAACUCAAAAGAUGCUUCAUGUUAUAAAACUGAAGGGCAUGAAAUAAAAUGUAGAAUGCAUGACAAUAACUAGUGCUUUAAAAUGAAAUAGCUCGUGGUAAAUCAUCGUUAUUAUAUGAAGUUAUUGGCGUUUAAAAUUAAUACAACAUUUUUGACGAUUAUUAAAAUAUUUUGAUCAAUAUUUUGAAUUGUAUCUGAUAAUAUUCAAUUUGUACUCAAUUUUAGCAAUUUAUCUACAACGUUCAUUCCGGUUUGUAAAUAUUAACGUACCUAUAUAGAACGCUCUUAUUUUAUUGAUUCCAAUAUUAAAAUUAACUUGCCAAAUAGGUACUGUAUUAUAAUCAAAUAAUUUGCUAAUUCGCGCCCAAAUCCUGGAGCUAAGUUAUUAAUCUUAAAGUAAAAAUUAACACAUUUUUUUUAAAUAUUGGCACUACUUUAAGGACGUAAUA